CUCCCGGGGAGACGGGUUCUGUGAGGGCAGAGGUUGACGGGGGAUCAUGGGAGGGAAGCAGGUCAAAUGCCUCACGUCGCCCAGCCCAGUAAACAGUGCCAAGAGCGAGUCCAGCGCCACUCCUUCGGAGGAAAAGGCGGGAUUUGACAUUGUUCGUGAAGAGGAAGCCGAGGCUAGAACAGAAGAGACGGGCUGCCCCUUUUCCCUGGAGUGGCAGGCGCGCUGUCCUGCAGCGAGCUUGGAGACUUCAUGGGAGGAGCAACUGCUGGAGCAGCAAGACCACUUAGAAAAGGAGAUGGAGGAAGCCAAGAAGAUGAUUUCGGGACUACAGGCUUUGCUGCUCAACGGGUCGCUACCUGAGGACGAGCAGGAGAGAUCGCUUGCCCUUUGUGAGCGGGAGGCCUGCCCGGAAGAGCAGCUGAUUAUCAUCCGAAGCCGACUGGACCAGAGCAUGGAAGAGAACCAGGAGCUCAAGAAGGAACUGCUGAAGCACAAGCAAGAAGCCAGAAAUCUGCAGGGAAUGAAGGAUGCCUUGCAGCAGCGGCUGGCUCAGCAGGAUGCUCUGAUUCUUCAGCUCAAGCAAGAGUUGCUGAGAGCCAACAUGGACAAAGAAGAGCUGCACAGCCAGCACGCUGACCUGCAGAGGAAGGUGGAAGAGAGGAAUCGGCUGCUGGCGGAAUACAAAAAGGAGCUGGCCCAGAAGGACCGGCACCUACACCAGCACCAAGCCAAGAUGGACGAGAUGUUGCGGCAACUCUCCGAGGCCAGCUACCAGCAGGCAGAUUUGGAACGGGAGCUGGAGCACAAAGAAGCCCUGUUGGCUCAGUGUAUGAAGAAGGAUGCCGAGGAGGUGAUCGUCUACAGCAACCACAGCUCUCAGAGCAACGGCUUCCUGCAACCCUCAGGGAAAGGAGCAACUUCCACGACGCACCGAGGGACCAACGACCUGCAGCUGGUGCGCGAGGCCCUGCGGAGCCUGCGGAACAGCUUCAGCGGCCACGACCCCCAGCACCACACCAUCGACAGCUUGGAGCAGGGCAUCUCCAGCCUGAUGGAGAGGCUGCACCGCCUGGAGGUGCAGAAGAGGCAGGAGAGGCGGGGUAGAGGGAAGUCGCCCGCCGGCCACCCAACCAAUGAGUGCCGAGACUCCUGGUCCUCCAACUCCAAACUGCCUCAUUCUCACAGCACCCCAGCGAUGGGCAGCAGCGCCUGCACCAAAGUGCUCUACUUCACUGAUCGCUCCCUCACACCUUUCAUGGUCAACAUACCAAAGAGGUUAGGUGAGGUGACCCUGAGGGACUUCAAAGCGGCUAUCGAUCGGGAAGGAACGCACCGGUACCAUUUCAAGGCCUUGGAUCCGGAAUUCGGCACCGUCAAAGAGGAGGUUUUCCAUGAUGACGACAUCAUCCCCGGGUGGGAGGGGAAGAUUGUAGCCUGGGUGGAAGAGGACCACGGGGAGAACUGAUCGGAUCCCUGUGACGCCUUUUAUUGUGAAGCCCU